UGGUGUGUUAAUAAUGACAGUAAGGUGAGGGUUCAGUAUGGAGUACACCACUGUGGAGAUCGUCAGCUGUGGUGUGUGUUGUUGAGCGUCUCCUCCCUCUGCCCCUCCUCCUGUCUCUCUUAUAGCACGUCCCUGCAGUCUCUCCUUUAUCUGCUCCUCACGCUGCUCGUCUCUUCACUCAGCACGAGAGUCCCAUCACACACGGACACCAUGCUGCCAGCGCUCUGCUCUCUCCUCACUGCUCUCUCAUGUGUCAGUGGUGUGACUGUGGUGACGCAGAAGCCUCCUGUUCUCACGCUGACUCGAGGACAGAUGGCCAUCAUGGACUGUAAUGUGGGGACUGUCCUUCAUUGGGGUACACGCUGGUACAAACAGGUUCCUGGAGGAGUUCCUCAGAAUGUGUUAAGAAAUCAUAAGGCCUGGAGCUCUCCUAAAUAUGUAUCUGGUUUCUCGUCUCCUAAAUUUACAUCAAGAUGUUCAUCUCUAUCAGACUGCAAUUUUGUGAUCAGUAAUGUGGAGGUGGGAGACUCGGCAGUGUAUUACUGUAACACAUAUGACACCUCUGCUAAAGAGUACGACGCUGAACGAAUCGCUGUGGUAUUCGGCCAAGGAACAAAGCUGAUCGUCAGCGACGCUGCUCUCCCGGAUCCUGUUCUGACCGUUCUCCCUCCGUCCAGUGAAGAGCUGAAAUCUAACAAAGCCACUCUAGUGUGUUUGGCCAGCGACCUGGCCGGUGGUUUUGCUGAUGUGCGUUGGCUCGUGAACGAGAACUCGGUCACCAGUGGAGUCAUCACCGGCUCUGCACAGCAGCAAGCCAAUAAGAAAUUCACACUGAGCAGCUAUUUGACCAUCGACAGCUCCGAGUGGGAAAAUGACAAAGUCAUAGCAUGUGAAGUGUCUGCUGGAGGAAAAGCCGCGUCGGUGAGGAUCAAGAAGUCUGAAUGCAGCGAAUGAACCCGAUUACAGCUUUUACAUGUUUGUUGUUCAGUUGCAAAUCUUACUGAGACCUGUAGUUUAACCUGUAGAAAAUAAUUCCUUGUUAUUGAGACUAUAAUGUCCUGAUGAUGCAAUCGUUUUGCUUUUUGUGUUUGAGAAAUAAGUCGAAGUUUAAUAAAGUGCAUAACAGCAAAAAGAAUUCCGCUUGUCCAUGAUUGUCCAAACUGGGGGAGAAUUUUACAGACAUCACAUCAAAAAGACCAAAAACAGAUAAUUACAGCAGGAACGGAUCAGAUUCAGGGUUCGUGCUCACACUAAUGUGGAACCUGCUGAAGAUUUAGUGACUUCACAGACAUUUCAGUGAACAUCUAGAAAUUCUGAACAGAAAGUAUUGAAAUGAA